GGGACAUAAUCGCACGUAUCGUCGCACCGAUGUUCGCAGAGCACUCCUAUCUCCCCUCUACCACUUCAGCACCUCAGACUGCCUGAUCCAGGAUCAGCAGCAGCUCCUCUCCCCUCUCUUCUUAUAAGCAGCGCUCCGCCGCGCAGCGCUCCAGCCGCGCUCUUCCCAGUUCAGGAUGGACUUCUAUCGGUCUCCUUCUGCGCAUCUUUGUCUCAGACUGUAGUUUUGCGUGAGUUCCCGCAGGAGGGAGCGAGCACUGGUCUUUGCUCUUCUUUGCUCCGCUCAGUUUUUCACUGAACAGCCACGGCACAAUCAUCAGCUGUUCAGAAAUGGGAAUGUAUUUGCAUCUGCUGCUUUUGCAGUGUUGUUUUGUCUCGAAUUUUGUGUGCAACGCCGUCGCUUUCGCGGAGGAGCCCGCCGGAGGGAGGUCGGACGGGUACUGCGGGCGGAUCCUUCGGGCGCAGAUGCAGGGGACCCGGCGGGAAGGGCACCAUGAGUUCAGGCUCAGGAUGGAGGGGGACCCGGAGACCUACCUGCCGGGCAGCACUUACAGAGUGGUGCUUCUGGCGAGCAGCCCCGCUUAUUUCAGAGGCUUCACACUCAUCGCGCUGAAGGAGGGCAGAGAGGGCACCACAGACGACGACUACGCCGGCCAGUUUCAGAUCGUCGAUGAUGAGGACACCCAGUUCAUGACCAACUGUCCUCCCGCAGUGACAGAGAGCACGCCUCGCAGAAGAACCAGGAUACAGGUCAUUUGGACUGCACCACCCAGUGGUACUGGCUGCAUUAUUCUCAAGGCCAGUAUUGUCCAGAAAAGGGUCAUCUAUUUCCAGGAUCAAGGCUCUCUCACCAUUCGACUUUGUGAGAAAGAGCGUGUUCUUGGAGAAGUCACCGACGUACCUGCCAUCGAAUGCUGCGCUUGUGGAACUGCCAAAUAUAGACUUACCUUUUUUGGCAACUGGUCAGAAAAAGUACAUCCCAAAGACUAUCCAAGACGCGCCAACCACUGGUCUGCCCUGAUUGGUGCAUCCCACUCCAGGAGUUAUGUGCUGUGGGAAUACGGCGGCUAUGCUAGCGAGGGUGUUCGGCAGGUAGCUGAGCUCGGCUCCCCCAUCAAGAUGGAAGAAGAGAUUCGACAGAAG